UAAGGUAGUCAAUUUGCCCACCCAUUCACAUUUACGAGCUAUAAUUGAGAUGAUACGCCACUAACUUAUUCAGACUUUGAUCCGAUCUGAUCUGGGCUUUGCGUGCUUUCAGACGGAAAAGUCCUGCGCAUUUCAAUCACGACUUCUGGUGCCCGCAUUUACUUAUUCACCCGCCUUAUAAAUAUAAUUGUUGGAGAUAAAUCACUCGAGUUAUACCCAAUCUCUUCUUAUUACAGAGAGUUUGUCAGCUGUGGAUCCUACUUCCAUUUAUUGCACCCCUUCAUUCUCUAGCUUUUAUGAAUCAGGUGUCUUGUUCAAUUCUAGAGUGAAUUAAAUUUUUGCCCAUUUCAUUGAUUAUACUAAGCAUCUAUAGCAUACAGUGAAGCUUCAUCACCGUGAGAUGGUUUUGAACAGUGAUCUCAUAACAGAAGUCUUAGGGCGUGUGGAUGGCAGAACACUUGCAAACGCAGCGUGUGUGUCUUCCCAAUUUUGGUGUAGUGCAAGGCAGGAGAGUAUAUGGGAAGACGCAUGUUCGAAUCUCUGGCCCUCCACAGUGGACACAGAUGUUAAGCAACUCAUCUCUUCUUCAUUGGGUGGGUUUAGAAGUUUCUAUGCAAGCUGCUUCCCCUUCAUUGAUUAUGAUCAGUCUGGGACAAAUUCAAGGUGCUUGAAGAAUCUGGGUGAUGCUAAUAAACCAUCUGAUUUUGUGUGUCUUGUGGAUUUGCAAUACAAGAAUAAGUUCAUCUAUUCUCAGGUUUUGCGGGGCAUCCCUGCUUCAAAAGAUUUUGAGGGGUGGUUCUGCAACUGCCCUUUUAGGAUUGAUCUCAUUAACUUUGAUGAGGAUCACACUAGCCCAGAUCAGUUGCCCACAAUUCUGCUUGGGGAGAUUGAGAAGGGCGGAGAAUUUUGGGGGCACUUGAUGGAAAAUAUUAGGUUAAGCUGGAUUGUGAUAAACAGGAAAACAGGGCAAGCUGCCAAUCUUUCAAGCUGGAGUCCCCUGGUUGGACAAAAGCAUUGGUUCUCUGACAAGGACUGUGUCAUAUGCUUUGGCUCUAUAUUGCCUGCUGAAAACAUAGUGCCUUGCAAAGUUGUACAGUGUAAGUUUGUGAUGAAGUGUAGAGUUUCACAAACUGAUCAUACCAGCUUGAAGAUGACUGAACUGAGUAUGCAGGUGGAAGAUAUCAUGGGAGCUCAUGUUAAUGGGAGAAAUAGUCUGCUUAUUUUAGAAAGAGCUCUACAUUGCAGGAGGAGUAUGAACCACAAUAAGAUGUUGAAAUGCUGUGGAAAAUACUUGAGAGAACAGAGAGCAGUGAAGGAAGAACAGAUUAGGAAGGAAGGACGUCUGGAUGCUUUCUUUAUUCUAACUGGCAUUAUUACAUUCGCUUCAUUUUGGUGUUCUAUUUUCUGAUAAGAGUCCUCAUAUCUUCUGACUCCCUUCCCUCGGAGGACUAUAUAAUAUAAAAGUAAUAAAUAUGAUAAGUUCUCGAAUGAAAAAAUUUCCCUGAAUUUAAUGGGAAGUUGUAACUGCCAAUAUAGCAUAUAAUAUAGGUUCAGUACCUUCAGUAUCAAUUGAUGAUCUGUUUUCCGUAUA